GUAUUUUGCACCUGACUCUAAUUGGUAGAUCUCGGAGUUCUAGUAACAAGCAAAGUAGGUUUGAGAAGUCUGAAGUGUGCUCACCCCUGCUCUACAGGGCUCAUCCAAGAAUGGUUGGGUCUUCUGGGGUAGACCACUGGUGACCAAGGCUGUGGACCCAAAGCACUUGUUGUUUGUCAAACAAGGUCAGGGCUAACCUCUGGCAGCAAAGAUGCUUACCACAGCCUCUUCAAAGAAGCUGUGGUGUUGAGCAAGUCACCUUCAUUGUGAUGACCGAUGCUGAGUUUGCAUAACAGCUAUUGAAAGAAGAAUGAGGAAUUCACCACAAUUUCUUUUAAGAAGAAAGCCACUUCCUCACUGAGGAACCAUUAGCAGCGGAGGGUGCUUUUAACUGGAACCUCUGCAUCCUAUAUUCAAAGCCCUUUUGUUCUUUGUUUCUCUCUUAAAUAAAGGGGCACCUUUAUUUCUUGGUACCAGACAACAUAAGUCCACUUCGGCAGAUAUUUUAUGAAAUACUUAUUUCUUUCAAACACGUUUGGCUGACUCUGAGUGGCGGUUGAUAUAACCUUCCUCUGAAGGGUAGAUGGAGGAGUUUCCUUCACAGCAGAUGUUAAUGGGCAGAGCGGCCAGACCAAACGAAUUGAAAUUCUCACCCAUCCCUAGUACUACGGGGCUCCCUGCCAUCAGCCCUCCCCACCCUGGAUGGUUGGCCAGGUCCCCGAUGCAGAAGAAGGAGGCUGAUGCAGGUCAUGGAGCUUCUUGAUAAUUUUUCGGACUAUGACUACACUGACUACUAUUACCUGAAUCAUAGCUUCACCACUGGAGAAAUCCACAGCAAGGAACAGGCCAGAGACUUCAAGUCCAUCGCUCAUAUCUUCGCUGUUCUCAUUUACAGCAUCACUUGCCUUCUAGGCUUGCUGGGCAAUGGUUUGGUCAUUGCAGUCAUCACGCUCAAGAUGAAAAUGUCUGUCAAUGCCAUCUGGUUCCUUAAUUUAGCUGCUGCUGACUUCCUCUUCAAUGUCUUCCUGCCCUUGAACAUUGUCUACACAGCCAUGGACCACCACUGGGUCUUCGGCAGAGGAAUGUGUAAAGUCAACACUUUGCUUCUGACUCUCAAUAUGUACACCAGUGUGUUCUUGUUGACUAUGAUCAGCUCUGAUCGCUGCGUCUCAGUGGUUCUUCCAGUCUGGUCCCAAAACCACCGGAAUCCUAAGAUUGCAUGGUUUCUGUGUGCCAUUAUCUGGGGACUUGGCUUGUUAAUGAGUUCCCCCUCCCUUGUCUUUCGGGACACGAGAAUGCAUCAAGACCGUGUCUUUUGUUUUAACAACUACUCCUUGUCCAGUUCUCCAGAUCAUCGCCAUCUAGGUGAAGAGAGACAUACGACAGUAACCAUUGUGCGGUUCCUGGUUGGUUUCAUUGUGCCAAUGACUGUUAUCACGGCGUGUUAUGUUAUCAUUAUCAUCCGGCUUAAAAGGAACCGUCUUGCCAAGUCCAAAAAGCCCUUGAGAAUAAUCAUUGCCAUUAUAAUGACUUUCUUCUUGUGCUGGUGUCCCUAUCACAUCUUCCAUCUCAUGGAGACACAACACCGCUUUUUCAAGAUAUCCCUCUUUGAGAUUGGAUUGCCGAUUGUCACUGCCAUUGCUGUUUCCAACAGUUGCAUGAACCCUGUUCUGUAUGUCUUCAUGGGCCAAGAUUUCAAAAAGUUUAAGAUGACUGUCCUGUCCAGGCUGGCCAAUGCAUUGAGUGAGGACACUGUUCAUUCAAGUCUCCCUCGGAAGAGCUUCACAAAACCCUCUUCAAUGACAGAAAAGGAGACAAUUUUAGCCUGAGCUCUGGAACAUGUAUACAGAUCACAAUCUGCUGGUCUGCUCACAAAAACAAGAGGCUGAGUAAUGCACAGUGGGUUUUCCAGCUAGGAUCCAACCCUGUUGUUUUCAAUGGUUCCAUAAGGAGUGUGGAUUUGCCUUAGUGAGUCUGUUUGUGAUCACAAGAUGGGAACUGGCAAGCUGAUUGUUGUUAUACCUCAUAUCCAUACAGUACCAUCAUUUAUCCUUAUAACAGCCUCGCAAAGGCUGUGUCAUAAGCACUUCCCAUUCACAUGUCUAGAUUUCAUGUCCAAUGAGGAUUUGAACCUGAGCCUUCAAAAUUCAUCCUCUACAUUCAGCACUAGUCCUCAGCAAUAAAAAUACAGGAGCUAUGGAAUAAACACACCUCAAACAUUUGAAAGUUUAGGGUAGCUUUUCAAGUCCGGAUGCCCCUCAGAGCAGAGAGAGGCUUGUUUAAAAAUAAUGUUUAAAAAACAUAAUAUGUUUCUUUGCAAAUGCGCACAUGGAUGACAGUGUGCAGAAGCAAGCAGGCAGGCAGGCAAUACUGGCUCCAAAGUUCCAAAGCAAUACCAAUAUCCUCAGAUUCAUACCACCACAAAACCAUUAGCAACUCCACCAAACCAUGUAUACCUGGUGUAGGCUAUUUAUUCUAAAUAUCUGAAAUGUAUUUCAAGUCAUAGUGAAUUAGUUCCCAUUUUCCACUACCAAUGACAAAGCCAUUAUCAAAUCCUAGAGGCAGGGACACUUUGUGUAACAGAAUGGUGCAAAUGGGACCUGCAACAAAAUGUUGCAGUAUGGCAUACUUUUCCUGUUCAGAAAGCCAUCCAUCCAUGCUGUCUUCCAGGAUGCUCCAUUUCCAUUUCCCCUCCCCCUAGUAUUCUGCCCACCCAACAGUCAGUCAGUAUUCUGUGCUCAGCUAGCAUGCCCAGUCCUCAUGUGCAAUAGGGCUUUAUUAUAAGAGCAUAGGUGACUUACCCAUGGUGCUCCAGACAUUGCUGGAUGCCACCUUUUACCAGCCCUAUCCACCGUGGCCAAUAGUAAGGUUGAUGGGGGUUCUAGUCCCACAGUAACUGAAGAGCAACAGGUUUUCCACCCAUGGAAUGCUUGAAGAUCAAUAAAACAAAUCUUCUAGCCACAUGCAGCACAGAAGAGCUUUAUACUGCCUGCUCAUUUUCAAAUGUAUCUGACAAAGCAUGAGGUCUAGGAACUUGUCCCUUAAAAAAAGAAAGCUAAGACUAUCAGAUCUCAUUUGUUAGAUUCUACUGCACGGGCAUCUGAUUCUCAGUUGUCAGAUAUAGGAAAUGACCCUCUCUGAGUUCUCAUACUCAGGAAAACCCAUUUUUCCCCAAUGGAGGAUUUGAGUCAAGUGGAAGGUAUGUGAAUCCCUCCCCCUUGCUAUAAAUCAUGCUUCAGGGAUUCGUUGUUUCAUAUAGCCUGUCAGGCAACUUUCUUGCUCUCCUUGUUGUCUUUUCUGUAAGAUUUCAUAGUCCAUUAAUAAAUCUUUUCUAGAAAAGUUGGGCUGUGCCAGUCUGUCUAUCUAAUUUCAUGCACAGUUAAUUUGGGAGAUAAUUCAUGAUUUCACUGGCUGGACUGUGGCAGUGAGCAAACACCAGCACCGGGAUUAUACAGAGAAACGUUGAUUUCACUAGCUCAAUAUCCAGCAAAGUGCUAUUGUGCAAGAGCUCCUUGAAUUGUAUAUGGAAAGAAAUGGGGAGUUAGACUGACUUUGUGAAAUGUUUUUCUGUUCCAAAUGCUUGACCGCUAUGUUCUUUGGAACAGUUGCCCAGGGCAGCCUGUGAGGAUCCCACCUCAGACCACCACCUGUCAGGUCCUUCCAGUCAGGAUCCUGGUUUUUAUUUGUUCUCUUACCGGCUCUAGCACAGAUCUUGCAAGAUCCCACUGCUAGGCAGCAGCACCAGCCAUUCCCUAUUUCACAAUAUUGCCUGGGGAUUUUGCCUUAGUCUCCUUCUGGCUUAUUGUUACUUUGUGUCUGGGUGCACUUGCAGGCCACACACCCCCUGUAUCUUUGUGCCAAUAAAGCAUACAGCCCUGGGUUGCCCUGGAUACUUGAUGAUACACUAUCUCUUCACCGCUGCCACCAUUUGAUACUGUUUCUCCACCUUGGUAAUUACCCUGCCCACCCUUCUGGUCUGUGAAAGCCCCAGCCAAGGAUCAGGCUUUUGGUAAACCAAGAAAAUAUUUAUUUAUAAAUACCAGGAAAUAACAAGAUUACUUAAGGUAUAUGUAACAAGCGUAUGGUUUCAUAUAUUGUGUUCCUCUUUAUGUUUCUAGUCAUAUAUAAUCUGCCUCAAUACCAGCCAAAUAUAAUCCAACCCAUAACCAACUCCAACCCACAACAACCGACCCACAACCAACUGUCAUCCUCUCAUUUAUACCUUCAGCCACUCAAAUGCUCAGCCAAUCAUCAUCCAGCAUUCUAGCCCAUGUACUCCCCCCUCUCAUUCAAUCCACUUAUAAUGUAUACUUUAAUAAACUCGCACUUACCAUAUUUACAGUUAUCAAAAUACAGGGGCAUCACACAGCCCCACACCACCCUCCUGUUCCUUAUCUCCCCAACCCCCCCAAUAUUUUAAAGUACCCCUGGAAUAUAAUGGUGAUAUUCAGCGCUAGGCCUACUCAAAGUUGACCCAUUGAAGUUAAUAAACAUGAUUAACAUUUAUUCAUUAAUUCCAGUGGAUCUAUUCUGAGUAGGACUUAGCUGAAUACAACCCUAUUUCUGGUGAGGUAGACAGAAUUCCACUUCAUAUAUGGUAAAUGACCACACUUAAGCUUCUCUGAGGAAACCAUGAGGGGAAAAAAUGAUUGAUAAAGGAUCUUUCUGAGGCAAAAGUUUGCCUCUUAUGGUAAAUAAUUUAUUUUAAUAACAAUAACAGUUUUAUCAUUUAUAUUAUACAUAGCAAUUCAACAAAACAUGAAAAUACAUUGCACUAUCUAAAAUAGACACGUUCUUCCUGAAGACUAUGAAAGGCUGAUAUUCUGAAGAGUCUCUUUACUUCUAAAAGUUUCCCUCAGAAGGAAAACUUUUUUUAAAGCUUCUUCUGAGGUAAAAGUUCCUCUUCAGAAUUUAAAAUUUCUUCUGAGGUUCUGCUCUGAAGCAAAAGACACCCUCUGUUGAGCUAAAAGUUCUUCAUGUUCUUUUCCUUCUGCUACAUCAGAAGGAACUUUAACUUUGCACUAAAAAGCUGGAGAAUUUUCAUGAGGAUUUAAAAAAAAAAAAACUUCCGUAGAGAGGGGCAAGAAAUUUAAUUCAGUUUACACUUCAAACCAAAUCUGUCAAAUUUGCACUUUCCAAAACAAUAUGAGAACUGAAACACAGCCAUCCAUCAAAAUUCACGCUUAUUCAAAUUUUGCAGUGCAGUUCACCUACCAAACCGUAUUUACAAAAAUGCAUGUGAUAGGGGAAAGGGUUCAUAAAAAUAAAUAUAUGAGUGAGAAUAACAUAGAAAAAUGCAUUCUAUGGCAGAAAAUGGCUUGCAAAAAUGUGUUUAUUAGAUGUAAAUUGCACUAAAAAGCUGGAGAAUUUUCAUCAGGAUUUUAAAAAAAAUCACAAAGUGCUACAAAAAUGUGGAGAGUUGAAUUUAAGAUUGGAAAAAUGAGAAACUGAGAGGACAGAAAUUGACAGACAUUUCCAUCCCUAAUUCGGAGGUAAAAGUUCUGCCAUGAGAGGAAACAAUGAUAUUUAAAGCCUUUUCUGAAGUAAAACAUCCUCUCCAGAUGGAACGAAAGAUCUGAUUUGUAGUGGUUCAGGUGUUGGACUUUCUUCUUCUUGGCAAUCACUUGUGACCGAGUAAGAUUGUCUUCCAAAAUAUAGUCUUUAUCGAUGGAUCCGUCUGAAUCUGUAUCCACCGCCGAUGUACCAGACCAUGACUAGGGGCUUCUGGACUACGACCUGGGAGGCCAGGGUUCGAAUCCCCACACAGCCACGAAGCUACUUGGGUGACCUUGGGCCAGUCACUGCCUCUCAGCCUCAGAGGAAGGCAAUGGGAAACCACCUCUGAAUACAGCUUACCAUGAAAACCCUAUUCAGAGGGUCACCAUAAGUCAGGAUCGACUUGAAGGCAGUCCAUUUUCAUUUUGCCUUAGAUGUGUGGAUGCUCCUUUGGCUAGUUUUUUCAUGAAGCACCUGUUCUGAAGAUGCCACCAUUUUUGGUCCCUUUUUCUGACAGAAGCAGCCACAGAACCUUCCGGCUCUCCCUGGGAUGCUGUUGCUUGUUUCUCAGUAGCUCGCAGAGCGCUCCACAGGCAUCUUUCCCUGGGAUGUUGCAAAUAACAACAAGAAGCAAUACUGAGCGCUUCAGUGCUUUUAAUCUGCAGAGUGUUUAGCACAGUUUAGCUAAUGAAUCAAAGUGUCAGAGAAAAAGGGCAAACCUUGUUCCUGGGAGGGAGACGAGUAGGCAACAAACGUUAUUACUCUCUGAAGCAGCAGGCUGGUGUUCCACUGGGGGAAGUUGCUCACAGGGAACCAACUCUCUCCUGGGAUGCUACAAAAAACUGCAAUUUCGUGGGCCGGUGUAGCUAUCUUGUGCAUAGGGAUAUGUGGGUUUCCCCUCAUUCACUGCAUUUAUUUACUCCAAUUAUUUAUAAGUAGCUUUUCAGGGCCAAGCUCUCACAAAAUAUAUGGGGUGUGUGUGGGAGGGGGACAAUACAACCUCAGGGAGAAUGUGAAGCACUGGGUGGAUACAAACAAAUGUGUGCAUGAACAGUAAGGAAUUAGAUCACCAGGAUUCUCAAGGAAAAGCAAUGGUCAAAAUAUAUGUUUUUAAGGCCUUCUGAAAUUCCAGAACUGGAGGGUGCGCACACAUGCUACCUGGAAAACAGUUUGUUUGUUUGUUUGUUAAAUUUAUAUCCUGCCGUUCCUCCCAGAAAGAGCCCAGGGUGGCAAAAAAACCACUAAAAGCAGUUUAAAACAUCUUUAAAGCAAAAGAGCUUAAAACAUAUGAAAACAAAACUUUAAAAACAUAUGAACAAAACAUCUUAAAACAUCUUUAAAAAACAGUUUUUAGAAGAUCUUAAAAGUCAGUUCCAGCACAGAUACAGACUGGGAUAAGGUCUCUACUUAAACGGCUUGUUGAAAGAGGAAGGUCUUCAGUAGGCACCGAAAAGACAACAGAGAUGGCACCUGUCUAAUAUUUAAGCGGAGGGAAUUCCAAAGAGUCGGUGCCACCACACUAAAGGUCUGCUUCCUGUGUUGUGCUAAACAGACCUCCUGAUAAGAUGGUAUCUGCAGGAGGCCCUCACCUGCAGAGCGCAGUGAUCGACACCUGUAGAAGCCAUCACCAAUAAGUACCUGACUGAUGUGCUCACAAACCUAACUGAUUUGGCAGGCCCACAAGCAGGACCUCAGAUUAGGGUUAACAGGUCAGAAGCAUCCCAAACCCUGAGAUUUCAGGGGUGGGCCCCAGUGAUGUCACAGGGUGGGCCCUCUACUUGGGUUGCCAUAUUCCAGUUCCACAAAUCCGGGCAGACUAAUUUGCAUGUUAUGCAAAUUAUUUGCAUAUUAAUAUUUGGAUUGUCCAGUUGUUUUGCUUUUGUGCCUAGGAAUUACCACCAAAAACUGGGGAAAGAUGUGAGAAAUCUUUUUUUUAAAAGCAACAUUUUCAGCCUUAAAUGCCUAGCCUCUAGUUUCCAACACUAUGGAAUAUUUACUGAUUGAUUAAGAGGAUUUAUAUCCUGCCCUUCUGCUAUUAAAAACAGAGCUCAGCACAGCUUACACAUAUAAUAAAAACAAUAAAAAUACACAAUCAAUAUAAAAACAUAAUAAAAACACAAAAUAGCAACAAACAUAAAGUAAGUCAGGGCAUCAGUAUGGUUAACCAUUACAUAUAUGAUAUAUUUCAGAGAUGUGGUGGGUGGAGAAAAACAAGAAGCCAAAACGUUAGGAAAAAGAGUCUUUCACACCACAUGCUCAGUUCUAAAUAUUGUUGCAGCAAGUUUUACAAGUUCCUCCAGUAUUCCACUGGAGCAGGCACUCAGACAUUCAAAGUAUCUGCAUAUUUCUUAGGUUUUAUAAAAGCAGAGCUUUGCUUAACUCAAAAUUUCUUCUCCCUCUGAUCAACCACAUCUACACAGGUUCCACCUCCAUACUCAAAAUGAAACUGGGCCUGGAAGUGUGCAACAACCCCACACAUACCUUGCUAAUUAGAUUACCAAUGCCAGGAUGUCUGUCUUAUCGACUACUCUCCUGCUUCACCCCUCCCCCCCGGGCAUCAUGAAAGACCCAGUCCUGGGUUCAGAAAGAAAAUAAAUAUCUGGUCCUCUUCAAAGUAUUGAUAAGCCUCUUGUUUUAAUUAAAAUAAUAAUUAUAAAUUCUUGCUCUUAUCACUAAUGGGAGUGCAUAUGCUGCUGUUGCUUCCACGGCUUUAACGGAGUGAGGUUAAAGAUAAGUAAAAUGCAAAUAGGAAAAAAACAACACAAAAGGCAGUCACACUUUCCUAAAUGUAAUACCAUACCAACCACAACAAGAUUCCUAUGAGUAAGGCAGAAAACUCAGCAUCCCACAGUCAGGAUUCAUAACCAAAAACCCAAACUAAAAAAAUCCUAGCAGCCAGUCAGCCAAGGUCACAGAAAUCCCCAUGCAGCACAACCUGACCUGGGGACUGCAGUUAAUGCAGAAUGCUGCAGCACAAUUGCUGACAUGAGUGAGAUCCUAUCAGCACAUAAUACCUCUGCUCUGAAAUCUGCAUUGGUUGCUGAUUUGCUACCAGGCCAAGUUCAAGCUGUGCUUUCCAUGUUAUGGGUGCCACAUAGUACUUGUUCUGCUCUUGUAAGAAAUCAGUCCUGCAAAGUGGCAGCACCUACGCUUUGGAACUCCUUGCCUAUUGACAUUAGGCAGAUGCCUCUUUUCAGCACCUGCUAAAAUCAGUUUUCUUGAGGCAAGCCUCUCCAGGCAUGUGGAAGCUAUUGUGUUUUAAAGCUGUUUUUAACUCAUUGUUUGUUUUAUUAUUUUGAAUGUUUUUAAGUAUCUGUCCUUAACACUUUUGCCAAUAAUUUUAUUGUUUUAAUUCUU